CAUUUUCCUGAUGAUAUGUGACUCUCUGUCUCUUCAUAUUCUUCCCAGAAAUCUCAAGAAUCUUGAGAGAGAGAGAGAGAGAGAGAGAGAGAGAGAGAGGGAAGCAAAGGAAGUGGCUAGUUUUCUCUCGAUAGGAUGGACGGGCAUGGCCGGAGUGUUGACCCUGCAACGAUAGGGACUUCAACGAGGGGGAAUGGAGGCUCUCAUGGCGAAGAACUGCCCGGUUUGGGGCAAAAGGAUAUUAAGUGCUCUGCCCGGAAGAAGAAGUCUUUGAGGGCUCGAUAUGCUUAUGGUGUCGUUUUUCUGUUGACGAAUAUAAUAGCUUGGCUCUUCAGAGAUUAUGGUGAAAGGAUCUUGCCUAUGCUGCCUUAUUCAAGAGCUUGCGGGGCUGAGGAGAGAGAAUGCUAUCAUACAAUGGGAGUGCUUCGCGUCAGCUUAGGAUGCUUUAUAUUCUUCUUUAUAAUGUUUCUAACGACAUGUAAUAUCAGCAAACUGUAUCAAGUACGAGCAGCGUGGCAUUCUGGAUGGUGGGGUUUGAAGUCUGUCAUGUUGCUUAUCUCCUUCGUGAUUCCCUUCUUCAUUCCCACGGACUAUAUUCAAAUAUACGGUGAAUUCGCUCGUGUUGGUGCAGGGAUUUUUUUAAUUCUUCAGCUCAUUAGUGUGAUUGAAUUUAUCACAUGGUGGAACAACUAUUGGAUGCCAGAUGACAACAACAACAACAAAUCUAGCAACUGUUCCAUUGGGCUAUUCAUGUCAACGGUGUUUUACAUCGCUUCUGCCUGUGGAAUCGCAGUGAUGUACGUGCUUUACGCCUCAAAGAUGUCAUGCACCCUUAACAUAUUCUUCAUCACAUGGACCGGAGUUCUGCUUAUUGUGAUGAUGGCCAUAUCGUUGCAUUCAAGGGUGAACAGAGGGCUGCUGUCAUCGGGGAUUAUGGCUUCUUACAUUGUUUUCCUCUGUUGGAGUGCUAUCAGAAGUGAGCCUGCUACUGAGAAAUGCAGCCAUGACAGAGAAAGUGGACAUCAUAUUGGUUGGUCUACUAUAGUUGGAUUUGUGAUUGCUCUAUUUGCAAUUGUAAUCGCCACAUUCUCAACAGGGAUCGACUCACAGUCAUUCCAGUUUCGUAAAGAUGAAGUUGAGCGGGAAGAAGAUGAUCUUCCAUACGGAUAUGGGUUCUUCCACCUCGUGUUCUCACUGGGGGCGAUGUAUUUCGCAAUGCUAUUCAUCAGUUGGAAUUUGGGGAGUUUGACAAGAAAAUGGAGUAUUGAUGUGGGGUGGGCUAGUACAUGGGUGAAGAUUGUGAAUGAAUGGUUUGCAGCCACAAUAUACAUGUGGAAGUUGAUAUUUCCAACAUUGAGGGAAACCAAAGUAAUGAACCAUGAAGAGGAGACCACAGAGCAAGUGUAGAUAGAUAUGUUGGACCAUGAAUUUUGAUGCAAAAUGUAAUAUAUGUCUAUUGUAAUGUAACUCUCUUUAUAUUAUAUCUAUACGCACAAAUAUAUAUACACAUUUUCUCAUUCA